ACCCGUAACAAUUGGUAUCAGAGCCAGGUUGCGCUCAAGUGAGUUCGAGGCGAUGAGCAAGCGUGUCCAGGACGAGGGUGACUUCACGAACGUUGAGGGCGGCGGACGUGGUGUUCCAACUCGUGACGAAUCAGAAUCCUCAAGGUUAGCCGAGGGCACUGGUUCCGUGGCGGGGGACCAUGACGGGGAAGUUAGGGACCUUGCGGUGCGUCUCAAGGCCUUGGAGACGUACAUACAGACGCUGCAAGAGGCGGCUCGGGACGACAUCGAACAUUUGAGGGAGGAUAACGCCUCACUUAAAGUCGAAAUUGGCCUGAUGAAAUUGGCCGUGGCCAGUGGGCGCGCGGUUCCUAGCGGACCGAGUGCUGGAUUUAAGGUGCCGGAACCGAAAGCCUUUGGGGGUGCCCGAAACUCCAAAGAGCUUGAGAACUUCUUAUGGGAUAUGGAGGAGUACUUCAGAGUUGCCGGUGUGCCGGACUGUGAGAAAGUCGCGCUGACCAGCAUGUACCUGUCCGGUGACGCGAAACUGUGGUGGCGUUCGCGUGUGGCUGAUGAUGCCAGUGCUGGCCGAGAAAAGAUUGAGUCUUGGGACAGACUCAAGAAAGAAUUGAAGGGUCAAUUCUUGCCGGGCAACGCUAGUUGGUUUGCACGGGAGUCCUUGAGGAGACUGACUCAUUCGGGGACUUUAAGGGACUAUGUUAAAACUUUUUCUUCUCUUAUGUUGGACGUACAGAACAUGAGCGAGGAUGACAAGUUGUUCAACUUCAUGUCCGGGCUCCAGCCGUGGGCUCAGGCAGAGUUGAGGCGGCAGGCGGUGCGGGAUUUGCCCACUGCGAUGGCCGUAGCGGAUGGCUUGGCAGAUUACCAUGGACCGAAUGCCCAAGGUAAGAACGGGGGUAAAACUCAUGGGGAAUCGGGCAAUGGGAAGUCCGUUUCGAAGGAUAAGUACAUGCCAAUGGAAACCAAUGCCGUGGCUGAGGUAAGUGAGUCUCGGGCUAGCACCCAGGUUGUGUGUUGGACUUGCGGUGGUAACCAUUUUAAACGUAAUUGUCCUAAGAAACAAAAACUAAAUGCUGUGAAGGAGGACGAACCAAAGGAUGAUGGUUCGCCCAUUGGAUAUUGUGGUCCCUUGCGUAUGGUUUAAACGUGCCGUUUUGGCAUGUGAGGGGUGCUGUAGGUGAUGGGCAGCACGGUGCUGGGAGUGGGUGCGGACCCAGCGCGGGGGCAAGGCUGGCGGACGGGCCUUGACUGAUGGCAGAUGGCUUGAAACGAAGCUGUUUUGUGGACAUGUACCUGGAACGUGGGAUACUUACGUGGUGCGUGUGGCUGGCUAGUUGGGAUGAACUGGUGCAGUGCGGAUUCGGGCAAAACACACUGCUUGGUGUGUGGGCAGCAUGCGGCUGUGGCUGUUUAUUUUCGCUUUAUUGUAAACUUUGCUUUCGUUUUAAGUUGUAAUCCGAUGUAAACAGUGAACCUUUGUAAUGGGUUGGGUUAGUUUUCUUUUAUAGGAACUAAUGUAUGGGUUAGCCGGUAGUGCUAAGGGUUUAGCGGGUG